UCGAGGCCUCUUUUUUCUGAAGUCUGUGCUUCAAUUUGAAUAACAUUAUAGCGACUAUUUCUUCGGGAAUAAAGUCGUCGGCAAAUGCCAUCAAAAUGCCGGCUGCUAUUUCAAACCCUACUACCUUUUCACUGUUUGAUCGACACUACAGCGAUAAACCGGUGAAGAUGUAGUAGGGGUAGGUAAGCCAGGUAACUUAAUAAAAUUGGUAGCUAGGUCACUAUUUGUGAAAAAAGGGAGACCAGUCAAAAAAGGAUGGAUUAAUUAGCUGACCAAACAAAAGCAGUAGCAGUGUCAUUAUUACAAGACCUUGUGAGAACCGGGUUUAAAGAAGAAAACUAGACUUUCCAAAAAUAUUUUUUUCCAUUUUAUUCUUUUACCUUUACCAAACGUUACUAGACUGCCUGCAGUCUGGGUUUUCCCUUAGACGAGCGGUUUUCCUUGCGAACGCGAACGCAAGAAAAGAGGACUGGACUGGGGGAGGUUGACGGCCGAACCCUUGUUUCGUUCCUCAAACCCUCGCCCCCUACCUGGUGUUCCAAAGGAAAAACAAUCUACACACAGUCUAACACGUUACCAUAGUAAUCAACUUCAGCCGCAGUAAUUUCGAUUGACCCUUGCUACGUAAGGCAACCUAUAUCUUGCGGUGUCUGACUGUAGGAAACAUAGCUUGCAGCCAUCCUUGAUUAGUAUUUUGCGAUGAUUUUUGUUUAGGUGCAAAUGCUUCACUGUAUCGAGCAAGCGUCCAGUGCAGGAGGCGCCAACCAGUUUGUGGAUGGUUUUUACGUCGCGCAGCAGUUGAAAGAAAACGACCCAGAGACUUUUAAUAUUUUGACAACCACUCGAUUUCAGUUCGUUGACUUUGGGAAGGACAUGUUUGGUGAAUUUAACAAGAAAUUUUCUCGUCUCAUGAUAGAGUUGGACGAGAAUGAACAAGUUAUCCGAUUUGCUUUAAACAAUCACGUGCGUGAUUCCGUCAUGCGCACUUCACCAGAGAAAACCAUUCAACUGUACGCGGGUUACCUCACCAUUGGUAGAAUGCUAAGAGACCCUGCCAAUCAAAUAGAGCACAAAAUGGUGCCCGGUGACGUAAUUACGUUCAAUAACAGCCGCGUGUUGCAUGGAAGAUCCGCGUUCAAAAUUACAGAAUCAUCAAGCCGAUUUCUACAGGGAUUUUCUCUGGACUGGGAUGUUAUCUAUUCAAGGAUGAGGGUUCUGGCUCAAAGAUUUAAUAUUCCAUUUUGUUUGUAAAGUCAGCGAGGCAUUUUAAAACAAACAGUUUAACGUGCUUGUGUGUGCUCGAAAUUUGCAUCAAUGAUGUGAAGUAACGUUUGAUAAAACUGAAGAGUGUUUGAAGCUCUCAGUCUAUGAUCGCCUUCUUUCUUAAAUAUGACAUGACAUGGGAUUUAGUUAUGUACUCUGUCACCGCUGUAAAUCUGCGGUGGUUCUGGUCUUCCUUUUUAUUCGUUGUAUUAGAAUCUAGAGCGUAAUUCAGGCAGCUCAGGGGAAGUUGUCUGACCCCUGGUCGAUUGAGUUACCACCACACAUGCGCACGCUAAUAGUUUGCAGAACUUGCAGUAAAAUCUUUAAAACAAACUCUUUAACUAAACCAAAGCACUGCCGUUUCGGCUUGCUCGGUGUUCGUCAAUGAUAAAGUGAGUUAUAUAGCUGUGACUGAGCAUGUACUAACGUAAUCUUAAGAUUUACUUUUCAUUAUUGAAGAUAACACAGCGGUUUUCAACUGAGUAUCGUCAAAACGAAACCAAAGUGCUCACUCUGGCCAAUCACAA